AUGGAGCCAAUCAACAGGACAGAGGUCGAGUUCUUUCUGAAAGGAUUUUCUGGCUACCCAGCCCUGCAGCGCCUGCUCCUCCCUCUGUGCUCAGUCGUGUACCUGGUGACCCUGCUGGGGAACACAGCCAUCGGGGCGGUAAGCGUGCUGGACUCCCACCUGCUCACGCCCAUGUACUUUCUCCUAGGCAACCUCUCCAUCCUGGACAUCUGCUACACCUCCACCUUUGUGCCCCUGAUGCUGGUCCAUCUCCUGUCAGCCCGAAAGACCAUCUCCUUUAUUGGCUGCCCAAUCCAGAUGUGUCUGAGCCUGUCUGCAGGCUCCACAGAGUGUCUGCUGCUCGCCAUCAUGGCCUAUGAUCACUACCUGGCCAUUUGCUGGCCACUCAGCUACCCCGUGCUCAUGAGCCACCGGCUCUGCUUGUUGCUAGCGGGAGCCGCCUGGGUCCUCUGUCUCUUCAAGUCAGUGACUAAGACAGUCAUCGCCAUGAGGCUGCCCUUCUGUGGCCACCAUGUGGUGAGUCACUUCACCUGCGAGAUCCUGGCAGUGCUGAAGCUGGCAUGUGCUGACAUAUCAGUCAACGAUGCCUUCCUGCUGGUGGGCGUCAUCCUCUUGCUGCCUGUGCCCCUGGAAUUCAUCUGCCUCUCCUAUACGCUUAUCCCGGCCACCAUCCUGAGGGUGCCCUCAGCCACCAGGCACCGCAAAGCGUUCUCCACCUGUUCAGUGCACCUGGCUGUGGUGCUGCUUUUCUAUGGCACCAUCAUCUUCAUGUGUAUGAGACCCAAGAGCAAGGAGGCCCGCAUCUCUGGUGAGGUCUUCACAGUCCUCCAUGCCGUGGUCACACCCAUGCUGAACCCUGUCAUCUACAGCCUGGGGAACAAGGAGGUGAAGGAGGCAGCCAGGAAGGUGUGGGGCAGGGGCCGGACCUCCAAGUGA